GCGAGGCCUUCUGUCAUCCCUCCCCCAGGCUGCCCCUGGUGACAGGCAGGGAGCCUGCGCUGAGUUCUCUGCACCCACCCAGGGCCCCGGAGACUGUAGCCGGGAGCCGGAGACAUGAACAAGAUCGUCCCCCAGGGGGAUGGCAAUGCUGCUGCCGCUGGAAGCCAAGCCCUCCCUGGAAGGGAAGCCGACUGCAGCCCUUUCUGCUGCUCGUGCCGAGGGGCCUGCCUCUCAGCCUUCCUGAUGCUCCUGCUGGCAACUCUUGCAGCCCUGAUUGCCCUGGUCGCCAUCCUUGGACCCCCACCUCGCACGCCAGGGGCCCAGCCCUGCGUGACACAGAUGAACAGGACGGGCUUCCUAUGCCAUGACCUGAGGAGCUGCAUCCCAGCCAGCAGGGUCUGUGAUGGCGUCCGCACCUGUGCCCACGGCGAGGACGAGGAGGAGGCCUUGUGCCGAGACAUGCCCCAGAGCCUCCCUGGCUUCCUCAUGGCUCACUGCGGAGACCCCGCUUCCUGGAUCUACUCGGACCAAAAGUGUGAUGGGAUCAACAACUGUGGGGACUGCUCAGAUGAACUGAGCCCAGUGACUACGUGCCCGCCCUGCGGCCCUGGCUGGUGGCGCUGUCCCUCGACUGUCUUCAAAUAUUGCAGCUGUAUCCCCAGGAGCCUCUGCCGUGAUCAAGUGCAGCACUGCUCCGACUGGUCUGACGAGUACUCCUGUCCUGGACCCUGAAUGGGUCACCCAGGCCAGAGUGGGAGGCUGGUUGGAAUGGCACUGAUAACCCAUCACAUGUGCUAUGAAUCCAAGUACACAAGGGCAGGAAGGGGCCUUCGAGAUCAUGUAGUGGGAUCUACACACCGUUGUCUCUGAAUAGGAAUUGCCUCUCCUGCUUUCAAGAUUUUCAGCCUCUGCUUGAAUUCUUCCAGUGACGGGGAGCUCACUACCAUGUUAGGCAACUCCUAACAAAGACAAAGGGAAUCUGCUUCCAUGAUUGGAGGCCUGACUCUGGGGCCGCACAGAGGAAAUCUGCUCCUCCACUCCAAGACAGGCUUGCAGAUACUGACCUUGUCACCCCUUGAAGAAAAGAUAAGUCUUGGGCUUAAACACCAAGCUGAGAAGUUUAGCCCUUAUGAAUGGCACAUAUAUGAAGUAUAUGCCACUUCCUGCCCUUUUGGUACCUAAGGCAGAUAUUGCUGGGCUUGGAUGCAGCCUCAGUGUUUUCUCAGCUCAGUAAGCCUAGCAGGUCCCACUGAUGGAUCACAUGAGAUACACAUGAGAUGGGGUACUUGUCAUCCUGCCCCUAGGAAGCCACCCCAGGAAGCUCUGAGCUGUAGGAAGAACAGCUUGAGGAGCCCCCCCGCCACCGCCCCUUCCAUCCCUUCUCUUCCCAACCACUCCCACCCUCAUCCCGUGACCAGCUGCCCAACAAAACAGCCCAGGUUCCUUCAAGUAGGGAUUGUAUUUGGGUUCUGGAGCCUGAGUGAAAGAGUUGUCUCUCGGCGUACAUUUCCAGUUUCACAGCACCCAGGCAGGCAAGGAUGGAUAUCCCCAUUAAACAGAUGAGGAAACUGUGGCCCAGAGGGAGAAAUAACCAGGAUCAUACAGCAAAGUAAGGGCUGGAACUGGGACUCAAAUACCAUCCAUGGUGUCCCAACCCCAAAGUCUUUCCAUCUACCAGUGUGACUCUAUCUUGGCCAGGGUGGAGGCAGAGUCUCUGUAGCGUAUUUUAAAAGGUGGCUUGAGAAUCAGAAAGUGCCCCACCCUUAUUCUGAAAGAUGGACUUGGAAUCUGGCCAAUAAGGGGACUCCUGUUGAGGGAGAUGGACAU